AUGGCUGCGAAUAAAAUUGUGUCUGAAAUCGUCCCUAUUAUGAAUAAAAUCACCGAUGUUAAAUUGAAUGGGUCUAAUUUCCUCGGAUGGAGUAAAACUAUUAUUGUUCACCUCCGUAGUAUUGACAAGGACGAUCACUUGGAUUCGGGUCCUCCCACAGACGAUGUCAAAUAUGAUACUAAUCGGGCGUGGUUACGUGAUGAUGCAAAAUUGCUCGUUCAAAUUCGAAAUUCCAUUGAGCCUGAUAUACUUUCUUUGGUCAAUCAUUGUGAAUUUGUCAAAGAAUUGAUGGAUUAUCUAACAUUCUUAUACUCUGGACGUACCAAUAUCUCUCGUAUCUAUUCAGUUUGCAAAUCGUUUCAUAGAGGAGAGCAACAGGAUAAAAACGCUACGGCAUAUGUCAUGGAGUUUAACAAGGUUUAUGAGGAACUAAACUCUCUCCUCCCGUUAAGCAACGAUGUCAAAGCAAUGCAGAAACAACGGGAACAAAUUUCUGUUAUGAGCUUCCUCACUGGGUUACGUCCAGAAUUUGAUGGUUUCAAGAAUCAGCUUCUCUCCGAAUCGGCCAUUCCUUCUCUCCAAGAGACAUUUUCCCGAUUCCUUCGGACUGAGGAAAUGCAGUCUCCAACUAUCGGCACUCAUAUCUCUCAACAUAGUGCCAUGGUCAGUCGUGGAGCCUCCCAAGGUGUUUCUCGUGGCGGAUCUCGACGAGGAUCUCGAGGGGGUUCUCGGGGUGGUACUCGGGGAGGUCCGACAAAUCGUGGCUCUCGCAAUCCCGAAUCCGACCAAGUGGAAUGUUAUUAUUGUCAUGAACUUGGGCACACAAAGUAUUCAUGUCCUCAGUUGGAGAAGAAGAAUCAGAAAGGCCCCUCUGCUCAUGUUGCUUCAUCUUCUGACAUGGUCACUAUCUCUGCUGAGGAGUAUUCUCGACUUACUGCAACAGAGAAGCCUUCUUCAUCUGCUUCCGUCUUUGCUGACACAGGUAAUUCCGCUACAUGCCUCAUAUCUAAAGGCACCAGAUGGGUCAUUGAUUCAGGUGCAUCAGAUCAUAUGACAGGUAACCCAAAUCUAUUUUCCACCCUUGACCCUCAUACACCUUCUUCUCAUGUCACUAUCGCUGACGGGUCUACUACUCGUGUCCUUGGUUCUGGUUCAGAUCUUUCAACGAAGCAGAUCCUUGGUGAAGGACAUGAAUCUGAUGGCCUCUACGUUUUCGAAACACCGACAUCUAAGUCACUUGUUUGCACCCCCUCCUCCUCCGCACUAGAUAUGCAUUGUCGUCUUGGCCAUCCUUCCCUCCACAGUUUAAAAAAAUUGGAUCCUCAGUUUUCAAGGUUGUCAUCCUUAUUUUGGAUGUUAGUUUUAAUGAACACCUUCCAUUUUUUCAUACCCGAGAGCCUCCAUCUCCAGAGGAAGACGAUUUUUGGGUAUAUUCUGUUAAUCUCACUAGCCCUCCUUCCCCUCCACCUCAGAGACCUCGGCCACCCAUUACACAGACAUAUACUCGACGUUCUCAAUCACAUCACAAGGUCAUCAUGGACUCUGAUUCACGUCCUUUGCCUGCUGCUUCGGUGGAAGACCCUUUGA